GUUCCGAUCACGUGGGCCUAGGUCCCGGGCCUGUGCGCUCUGGGUGAGCGAGUCCAAAGGGAGUUCAUACACAAACACACGCACACAGCCGGCGAUUAGUCAUGCUACCUUGCGAUUUCUUUAUUGUUGCCCAGGGAAUUAUUUACCUUUUCGAGAGUGGAAUUUGUGGGGAAAUAACGUCGUAUUCACCGAGUGCUUAUCUAGCUCUUAUGAACUCUGAACUGGGCCGUGUGCCGUGGGUCUUAGAAUGCUGCCGUAUUUGCUUUGCCUCCCCAGGAAAGACACCGUGUAAUGAUUCACCAACAUGCUGUGCAGGCCCAGCCACCAGCGCCAGCGCGGAGGAUGAAGGGAAGCCAGCUGGGCUGUGGUUGGCAGAGCAGAGUUCUUGAAAGAGGAAGAGCUCAAGCAGACAGUGGGUGUGGAAAAGGGGAGCAUCCUGGGCACCGGCUGCUGGCCAGAGGCACCCCGGGCCAUGUCAGAACUUUGAGCAGGUGACAGAGAGCAGUUGUCACAGCCUCAAGAUGCUGAGCCUGAAGCUCCCCCGGCUGUUUCGCAUCGACCAGGUGCCCCAGGUGUUCCAUGAGCAGGGCAUCCUCUUUGGCUACCGGCAUCCGCAGAGUUCCGCCACGGCCUGCGUCCUCAGCCUUUUCCAAAUGACCAAUGAGACCCUCAACAUCUGGACUCACUUGCUGCCCUUCUGCUUCUUCACGUGGAGGUUUGUGACCGCCUUGUACGUGACAGACAUCUGGAAUGACAGCUACUCCUGGCCUCUGUUUGUGUACAUGGGCACCAGCUGCGUGUACCCGCUUGCGUCCAGCUGUGCGCAUACCUUCAACUCCAUGUCCAAGAACGCCCGGCACAUCUGCUACUUCCUGGACUACGGUGCCGUCAACCUCUUCAGCCUGGGCUCAGCCAUCGCUUACUCUGCCUAUUCGAUCCCCAACGUGAUGGUGAACACCACCUUCCAUGACUACUACGUGCCCCUGGCCGUGCUGAACACCAUCAUCAGCACCGGCCUCUCCUGCUACUCCAGACUCGGCUUUGCAGCUGGAGAGGCUGGUUCGUUUGCCCCCGGGAAAGCACUUUAUCAGGCCGGGCGAAAUGUUGUCUCAAGUCACGGGAAAUCCAUGGUUUGGGGGAUGGCCCCUCGCCGGCCACAGCCAGCUUUCCUCCUGUCGUCCAGCCUGCCAUCUGUGCUGCCAGAGUCCCCACACCCUGGGCUGCCGGCCCCGAGCCAGCAGAGGCCCCAUCGCAUUCUGUCCAGGAGGACCUACCUGUCUUUGCCACGGUUUCUUGAAAUCCAGAAGCCCGGGCUCUGCAAGAUGCUUCGCGUCCUUGCCUUUGCUUAUCCCUACACCUGGGACUCCCUUCCCAUCUUCUACAGGCUGUUCCUGCUUUCGGGGGACGGUGCGCAGAAUGAAGCCGCCUUGUACCACCAGAAGCACACGGCCAUGACCCUCCUGGCCUCUUUCUUCUACUCCGCACACCUGCCAGAGCGCCUGGCGCCUGGCCGCUUCGACUACAUCGGUCACAGUCACCAGCUGUUCCACGUGUGUGUGAUCCUGGCCACACACCUGCAGAUGGAAGCCAUUGUUCUGGACAAGACUCUGAGGAGGGAAUGGCUCUUGGCCAACUCCAGGCCCCUGUCUUUCCCUCAGAUAGCCGGAGCUGUACUUCUGUGCCUCAUCUUCAGCCUCAGCAACAUAAUUUAUUUCUCAGCUGCUCUGUAUCGGAUUCCUGAGCCAGAAUUACAUAAAAAAGAAACAUGAUUCAGACCAUAAGCUUUUCAUGCCAGAUGUCAACAUUAAGCUACAACCUCCGAAGCACCAUAAGUGCCUAGUGGUACCUGUUUACCAAGGUCUAAAAUAUUCACGGUGGUUGAUGUCUUGGCAUUUUUGAGUGCGUUCAUGUCAAUAAGGUAUUUAACUGGGGAAAUGUCUCUCAAUGUGCACUUAUUCUAUCAUUGUGAUUUUAAAAGGGGAAGAUGGGUUCAAGUAAGUCCUUGUUCAGGCGAAUCCUUAAUAGUUCAUUAAGUCUUAAAUUUAUUUAAAAUAAGGCAGUUAGAAGCCUUCCCAUUAAGUGGCCGGAUGAGGCUUUACUACUCUUGUAGUGUUACUCUUUGAAAACGGACCCUGCUUCAUUUGUUGAGUCCCACGUGGCACAGCUCUUGCCAAGACCUCCACGGUGGGAGGAGAAUGAGCCAGAAAGAUCAGCGGGGGGUGUGGAGGGGGUGGAGUGAGAGGAAGCUGGGUCUGUGGGAACCCUGGGGACUGGGGAGACACUUCAGGAUGAAGAGACCUGGUUUGGGGAGGGGGCUUCUUCCUUUCCCCACCUAGUGAAGGGAAUGAAUGAAUGAAGAGUCCUCUUUCCCACAAGUCUGUUGUGCCUUAAAGUGCCAAUUCCCAUGUCACGUGGAUUUGGAUUUUUUUCUAAAGGCCACAUGGCUGGGUGUCUGUGUUCUGUUUUGUUCUGUUUUCUCGUGGCCAAUUCGAUGCUGCAAAGUAUUAUGCAGUGCAGGUCAAAUGUGUGAGGCAUGGGAGCCGGCUGAGUUAAUUCCAGUUGGCUGUGCUCAUCUGUCACUGUGUAAACCAAUGGCAUGGCUCUAUUUGGGGAUGCUAUCCAUUUAAUAUUGCUUCAGCAUUUCAAAGGUGCUGCAAAGUUUAGUGUUCCUGGGCAGAGGAUGUCAAAGACCUUGUAAAGGGUUGGUCAACUACAGUGAUCCUCAAGCUUUGCUGUGAAUCAGACACAUUUGGUGAGUUGGCGACCAGUGCGGAUUCCCAGGCCAAAUCAGGGGAUUCUGUGUUAGUAGUUUAAGAUGUAGGUCUUUUGGAGGAGAUUUGCCCUGAAUCUGAGGAAGUCCCCAGGUGAUCCUAAUGCAGAAGGGCCACAGGCCAAAUGGGAAAAAUGCUGGCGUCAUGAGUUCCAGAAGGCACUGGGCCUCUCAGCUUUGUUGCAGUUGACCUAAUUUUCAGCAACUCACCACCUAAGGAUGUAUCCCCUGCUGUCUACUCUGCACAAGAGUAGCACAGUGAGCAUUCUCUCAUCUGUUGCCUUAGGAGUUAAAGUUUAGUAUUUCGUGCUGUUUUCAGAGAGUUCAGAAAUGCUGAUGCAAAACUGUAGCAGACGCCCAUCAACCCCUGAUCUGCACUUGCUAAUGACUUGAGGGGCUGUCCAUCACAAAGCAGGAUCCUCUUUGCUGACUCAGGAACACCCUCAAAACUUAGAAUACUGCCUCUGUGGUUAACUGGCCCAGAAACUUGAAUGGCCUCACGAAUAGCUCAUCGUCCAACCCUCUGAGGACAAGUAAAAAUUUAUAUUGGCUGAGAGUGGUCAAGAAAUAUGAUUUCAUUAGUUUUACUGUUUAUUUACUUCCUCUGGGGAAAGGUAGACUGAUAAAAUUAUAUGGGCUGGUAAAUUUUUGGUACAUUAAUUGCCCGCUGCAUGACAAAAUUCGGUUUGGGGCGAUAAUCUGACACUCCUAGUGGAAUUUUACUCCAGCAGGGUCUGUGGGCACCCGUUUCGCCUUGCUAUAACUUCAAUUUUAUGCUGCAAAAAGGCACAGAGUUUAAAUACCCUAUUCUAGCAGGUGCCAAAGACAUGAAGCUCUCUAACAUCUCUUUUGUUUAGGGAGAGGAAAAUGGUUGUUUAGUUCAGAAAUAGUUGAAAGUUAUAGGUGAUUAAUUUGAAGGACCUUCAGAUUAUUUAAUUUUGGGUGAUGUGACUUUUUCGCCAUCCUUGAUGAUGGGAAAGAAAAUGUUACAUCAACAAAAGAAGACCAGUGUUUCAUAAUGUUUUUAUACGUUUGGCAAACUCAGCCCCACCGUAUACUUUUGGACAGUGUUACAAAUUAAGAUUGGAUGACAGUUUGCAAUGGGCUGAUUUGGAAGCUUCUAGAUACAGACAGUGGGUUCAAAAGUAUUAAUUACCAUUAGGUAAUAAGUGUAAUGUGGGUUUGCUUAAGCCAAAGUCAAAAAGGAAAGGCAAAAAGGUUGGCAGUGGGUGAGCUGGAGAGCUCCCUGGGAAGGUGUCUUUUCAUGUAGCGGCCCUCAGGUUUUUAUUGUCUCAAUACACCUUGGAAAUGUGCCAUACUCCCAUCGGUAGCAAUGCUCGCCACCGCACGAUCUCAAAAAGGAUUUUGCGGGGGGUGACAAACUCCUAAUGGGAUGACCCUCUUCUUCCUCCCCCUGCAUGAGAAACACUGCCCCCCAGAUUUCCCAGAUGCCACAGUGGUGAUAAAACUUGAAUGUACUCGAAUGAGGCCGUUUAGCUAACCGCAUGGUCCUUCGCUCAUCAUAGCUUUGCUUUCCGUUGCUCGGUUUCUAGAGAGCAACGAAUCUGUCACUGAUUGGAAUGAGAAGUGGGAGGUUUUAGGAAACCAUUUGAGUACAAAGUGACCUGUUUGACCUGCUGCCGUCUUAAAGUGUUUGUUGUGGAACUCAGCUCACGUGAGAAGUUCUAAGGAAGGCAAGGGGCAGUGGAUCAGUGUGAUCAGAUGUGUUGGAGAGACCCUUCAUUUGGCUCUGCUGUGUCCCAAAUUUGUUUGGCCAUGGCACUAUAUGAAACACCUACUCACACUGUGUAACAACUCUUUAUCACAUAUUAGUUGAAUGCCGGCCUCUGAUUUUCUGGUCAACAAUCCAUUGUGGAUGAAAAGGCAAAGACCCAUUUCUGAACACAGCUGUUCCUCCAACUUACACUGAUGUCUGGUUUUCUUAAACUGUAUGGGAGGAAAAAAAAUAAACUUUAUUAUAAUAAAGGCCUGUUUCCCACUUGA